AUGACCAAAGUUAAAAUUGUGCCCAUUGAGGAGGGGCAGCCAGGCCCAACUGGAACUCAAGGCCCAACAGGUCCUCAAGGAUUCACUGGCCCUACUGGUUUAUUGGGGCUGAAAGGAGAAAAGGGUUCCCCAGGCCCUCUGGGACCAUAUGGACCAAAAGGAGAUAAGGGUCCCAUUGGAAUUCCUGGCUUUCUUGGCAUUGACGGGAUCCCAGGUCACCCUGGACAGCCAGGACCCAGAGGCCCACCUGGCCUGGAUGGCUCUAAUGGAACUAAAGGAGAAGUUGGAUUCCCAGGUACUCAUGGUUAUCCUGGACUUACUGGAUCUGUGGGGCUUUUUGGUCAUAAAGGAGCUAAAGGCGAACCUGCCCUUGCCAAGGGUAAUUUCAAAGGAAUGAAGGGUGAUCCUGGGCUGCCUGGACUAAAAGGACACUACGGCCCACAAGGAGCACCUGGAUCUCCAGGAUUUAAAGGACCCAAGGGACCACCAGGAUUGCAUGGCCCACCAGGCUCCCCAGGCCUUCCUGGUCCUGAUGGUAAUAUGGGUUUAGGUUUCCAAGGAGAAAAAGGAGUUAAGGGAGACAUUGGCCUCCCUGGCCCUGCAGGACCACCACCAUCUAGUGGAGAACUGGAAUUUAUGGGAUUUCCCAAAGGAAAUAAAGGAUCUAAGGGAGAACCAGGGCCUCAGGGCUUCCCAGGAGCCAAGGGCCUUCCAGGCUUCCCGGGGUUUGGAACUUCUGGAGAAAAGGGAGAAAAGGGAAUUUCUGGUUUGCCAGGACCUAGGGGUCCCAUGGGUUUUAAAGGAGCCCAAGGUCCUCCUGGGAGUCAGGGCAUGAAGGGGGUCUCCGGUUUCCGUGGGCUGAAUGGAUUCCCAGGAAUUAAGGGUGAAAAGGGUGGCAUAGGUCUGCCAGGCCCAGAUGUUUUCAUCGAUACAGAUGGUGCUGUGAUCUCAGGUUACCCUGGAGACACAGGUUUGCCAGGCCUUCCAGGUCUUAAAGGAAACCAAGGAAUCAAAGGCCAACGUGGACCUUCUGGAGUACCUGGCUUCCCAGCUUUACCAGGUGUCCCUGGUACCAAGGGGGUCUAUGGAGUUCCAGGCCUGAAGGGGAAUCAAGGAAACCCUGGCCAUACCACAAUUGGCAUAGCUGGUCUCCCUGGUAGAGAUGGUUUGCCAGGCCAUCGUGGUCCCCCAGGCCCACCUGGUCCAGUAUUCUAUACCACUACCCUACAGGACAUAGGGCAUGCUGGUCACAAAGGAAAGCAAGGUCUAAAAGGAAACUCCGGCCUCAAAGGAGUGAAAGGGGAACCCGGUUUUUGUGUUUGUGAUGGUGAUAUUCUCAACACUGGCCCACCUGGGGAGCCAGGCCUGUCUGGGCUACCAGGUAUCAAAGGCCUUCCAGGUCCGAAAGGAGCCAAAGGAGAUCUAGGCUCCGAAGGCCCACGGGGUCCAUCAGGAGCUCCGGGUUUGCUUGGACCUCAAGGUCCUAAAGGACUCAAAGGAAGUAAGGGGGAGCCAACUAUCUGGGAUGCACGAUCUGGGAUGCCAGGAGAGAAGGGUGAGCCUGGUCUCAAGGGACUUCGUGGUGAGAAAGGAGUCUCAGGCAAGGAUGGAAUGCCAGGUUUACCAGGCAUGCAAGGACUUCCAGGUGAUGAUGGACUGGGCUUCCCAGGUGAAAAGGGAUUUGCAGGGUUUCCUGGUGAAAAGGGCCGUAGCGGACCAGUUGGUCCCUCAGGAAUUGGGCUACCUGGAUCUCCUGGCCCUAAAGGGCUUCCUGGAGAUAAAGGAGAAGAUGGAUUACCCGGACAAAAAGGCCUCCCUGGGCUUCCAGGUAUCACCUUGCCAUGUGUAAUUCCUGGGUCAUAUGGUCCAUCAGGAUUUCCAGGAGCUUCUGGAUUUCCAGGCCCUAAAGGAGCCCGUGGUCUCUCUGGGAUUCCAGGCCAGCCUGGACCACGUGGAAUUAAAGGAGACCUGGGGAUUCCAGGCUCAGUUCCUAUCCCUGAAUUGCCAGGAUUUCCUGGGCCUCGUGGUGAGAAAGGCUUGCCUGGAUUACCUGGGAUUCCUGGAAAAGAUGGCUUCCCUGGGAGAAUUGGAAGUCCAGGUUUAACUGGUUUUAAGGGAACCCCUGGCCAGGUCCUUAAUGCUGAGAAAGGUGUUAGAGGAGAGAAAGGCCUGAAGGGAUUUCCAGGAGAGAAAGGAUUUCCUGGAGAAGCUGGCUAUCCAGGACCCAAAGGUUUUCCUGGGAAUUCUGGCAUGAUUGGUCCCAAAGGAGAGAAGGGUAACCCUGGAAUACCAGGCUUCAAGGGACAGCCAGGCUUCCCUGGGCAUGAUGGCGCAUCUGGAAUCAAGGGCAGCCCUGGAUUCCCGGGGGUACCAGGAACACCAGGUAUUUCUGGACAUCCUGGAAUGAAAGGUUCAAAAGGCGAAAAAGGUACCCCUGGAACAAGUGUCAAGAUAGGCCUACCUGGGAUGAAAGGCCUUCCUGGAAUUCCAGGGCUAACUGGCUACCCAGGAAACCCAGGCCUUCCAGGACACACUGGCUUCUCAGGCCUGCCUGGCUUAAAGGGUGAAAAGGGAUCCAAGGGACUGAUGGGCUUUCCAGGAAUGCCAGGUCCCCAUGGUGUUCCUGGUGCAAGUGGACUGAAGGGAAUUCCUGGAUUAGUCGGAGCAAUGGGACCAUCUGGACUCACUGGGAGCCCUGGUUUAAAAGGAGACCAAGGUGAGAAGGGGCCAGCCGGAACACCGAGUCAAAGACCACCAGUGCUGAACUACCAGAUCAAAGGAGACAAAGGCACUCAGGGCCCAGAUGGACCCAAAGGUUUUCCUGGACCCAGAGGUGACAAAGGAGAGAUUGGCCUCCCUGGACUACCCGGCUUGCCUGGAGUUCCUGGAUAUCUUAACACUAUCAAGGGAGUUUCUGGGGUGGCAGGAUCCCUUGGUUUCACAGGCCUGCGAGGCUUACCUGGCUUGAAAGGGUCCCCUGGAAUCCCAGGAUUCCUAGGAAUACCAGGAGAAAGUGGUUCACAGGGUCUUAGUGGAGUUCCUGGAUCCCCAGGUGCAUCUGGUCUCCCAGGCCUAAAAGGAGAGAAAGGUGAGACACUUGAAAUUUCUGGCAUCCCAGGACUCAAGGGACAACCUGGAGAGGUUGGUCUUAAAGGUAUAAAAGGACAAGAUGGACUAGUUGGCAAAAAAGGUUUCCCAGGAAACAAAGGUGAAGAUGGAAGAGUUGGCAUUCAUGGAGAUAUUGGCCUUCCUGGCUCCCCAGGAAUUCCUGGUAUUGCUGGCAUGACUGGACAUCCAGGACGUCUGGGUUCUCCUGGCCACCCAGGGUCAACUGGGCAGUUGGGACUCCCUGGCUUAAAAGGAACCAAAGGCCUUCCUGGACUUCCUGGAUUACAUGGACUGAAUGGUCUUCCAGGAAACAAAGGAGAUCAUGGAACACAAGGAACUAGUUUAACUGGUGUACCUGGACCAGCUGGCCCUCCUGGUCUCAAAGGUGAAAAAGGCUCUCCAGGAACUGGAGUUGAUAUCCCAGGAAAUCCAGGGAUUAAAGGACAGAAAGGUAGCCAAGGUUUCCCAGGUCUCCAGGGUCCUGCUGGUCCCCCUGGUGCCCCAGGCCUCUCCUUUCCCUCAUUAAUAGCAGGACAGCCUGGCGACCCUGGGCAACCAGGCCUAGAUGGAGAACGAGGCCGUCCAGGCCUCCCAGGGCCUCCAGGUCCCCCUGGGCCAACCUCGGAUCAAGGCAACCCUGGAGACCCUGGCUUCCCUGGAAUUCCUGGCCCUCAAGGGCCCCAGGGAGACCAAGGAAUUCCAGGUUUCUCUGGCCUUCCUGGAGAGCUAGGACUAAAAGGCAUGAGAGGUGAGCCUGGAUUCAUGGGAAUUCCAGGCAAGGUUGGUCCACCUGGAGACCCAGGAUUUCCCGGGAUGAAGGGAAAGGCAGGGCCAAGAGGCCUUUCUGGGCCCCAAGGUGCUCCUGGACAAACACCCACUGCAGAAGAACUCCAGGCUCCUCCUGGAGUCUCAGGUCUACCAGGCAUGGAUGGCAUCCCUGGCCUUUCAGGAGACCCGGGGGUUCAAGGCCCUGGAGGCUUACAAGGCUCCAAAGGUUUACCUGGCAUCUCUGGCAAAGAUGGUCCCAAUGGACUCCCCGGCCCACCUGGAGUUCUUGGCAAUCCUGGUGUUCCUGGACUACAAGGCCCUCCAGGAUUUGAAGGACCUCCAGGGAAGCAGGGCCCCCUUGGGAGGCCUGGAAUGCCGGCGCAGAGUGUGAGAGUGGGCUACACUCUGGUGAAACAUAGUCAAUCCAAACAGGUGCCCCAGUGCCCUCUCGGUAUGAAGCAGUUGUGGGUGGGUUACAGCUUGCUGUUCGUGGAGGGACAGGAGAAAGCCCACAACCAGGAUUUAGGUUUUGCUGGCUCCUGUUUGCCCCAUUUCACCACCAUACCCUUCAUCUACUGCAACAUCAAUGAAGUGUGCCACUAUGCUAGGCACAAUGAUAAAUCUUACUGGCUCUCUACGACUGCCCCUAUCCCUAUGAUGCCCAUCAGCCAGGCCCAGAUUUCCCAGUACAUUAGCCGCUGCUCUGUGUGUGAGGCACCCUCGCAAGCCAUUGCUGUGCACAGCCAAGACAUCGCCAUUCCACAAUGCCCACUGGGCUGGCGCAGCCUCUGGAUUGGGUACUCCUUCCUCAUGCACACUGCCGCUGGUGCUGAGGGCGGAGGCCAGUCCCUGGUCUCACCUGGCUCCUGCCUGGAGGAUUUCCGAGCUACUCCUUUCAUCGAGUGCAGUGGUUCCCGGGGCACCUGCCACUACUUUGCCAACAAGUACAGUUUCUGGCUGACGACAGUGGAAGAGAGGCAGCAGUUUGAAGAAGAGCCUGUUUCAGAAACGCUCAAAGUCGGGCAGCUCCAUACCCGGGUCAGCCGCUGCCAGGUGUGUGUGAAGAGCCUGUAGGGUGGCACCUGCCAUUCUGUCCUUUGCCCUCUUCUCCCUGGCACAAUCAUCACCUCACAAAUUGGAAA